AUGGUAGCGACGUGUAUCCAGAUUACAAAAGCAUUCCACUUUUAUGUAAAGACUGGGGAAACCAAGUGUUUUUAUGAGGAGUUACAAGCCGAAACAUUGGUAGUUGGUCGAAUUGACGCUUAUGAGAAAGAUGAGCGCUCAAACGAAUACUUCAAAGGCAGGAACUUACAAGUUCAAAUUACUAUAGAUGAAACAUUUGACAAUGACGAAAGAGUCAUUGAUCAGAAAUCGUCUCCAGAUGGGGAGUUCACCUUCACUUCGUUGGAAUCUGGCGAGCACAAAUUUUGUUUAACUCCAGUCUACACCGAUGGAACUAGCAACAAAGUUCACCGCAUAUUUUUUGAUGUUGCUCAAGGCUCGAGCCACGAUUACGUCGACUCUAAAUCAACAAAAAUGGUUGACGAUUUGACAAAGAGAGUAAAUGCCUUAUAUGAACAAUUGGACAAAAUUCACUGGGAACAAGAACAUAUGAGAGAAAGAGAGGCCGCAUUCAGAGACCAAAGUGAAUCCACUAAUACAAGAGUUGUGAAAUGGUCAAUUGUUCAGCUAAUCGUCUUGAUUGGAACUUGCGUCUACCAAUUGCGUCACUUGAAGUCCUUCUUUAAGAUUCAAAAAUUGGAAGAAGAAAACUCUAGGCUUAGUGCGCUUGUUGGAAAUGCUUUAUAUGGAAAAGAAAGUUUUAAAGUUGAUGAGUACUUCACGCUAGAUGAGUACAAAAGAUAUGGAAGACAGAUGAUUGUACCGCAAUUUGGUUCAUUGAGCGCACAGAAAAAGCUACAAAGAGCAAAAGUCUUGGUAGUAGGCGCCGGAGGCUUGGGUUCACCUUUAUUACAGUAUCUCUCGGCUGCUGGAGUGGGCACAAUUGGGAUAAUCGACAAUGACACGGUUGACACGAGCAAUUUACAUAGACAGAUAAUUCAUACUACAGAAACACUAGGCUGCUAUAAAUGCGAUUCCGCCAAAUCGUACAUAAACAGGUUGAAUCCGCACACAGAUGUAAAAUGCUUUGCUGAGAGAUUGACACAUGAUAAUGCAUUUGAUAUAAUUGAUCAGUACGAAUUGAUUUUGGAUUGUACCGAUCAUCCUGCAAUCAGAUAUUUGAUUAGUGACGUUUGCGUUAUACUAGGUAAAACAGUAGUAAGCGGGUCUGGUUUAAAAGCCGAGGGCCAGUUUACAAUUUUGAAUUUUAAGAACUUUGGGCCAUGCUAUAGAUGCUUCUACCCCGAUCCACCAAGCCCAGCAUUUGUGGUCUCAUGCUCGGAUGGUGGUGUCAUUGGUCCAGCAAUUGGAAUUGUUGGAGUUGCAAUGGCUAUGGAAGCAAUCAAAGUCCUUACAGAUUUUUACACAGUAGAUAAUUUUCAUCCAUUUCUUGCAUCUUAUUCGGCAUAUCCACUGCAAAAUAUGAGAAGCUUUAAAAUGAGAAGCAAGCAAGCAUCGUGCAUUUCUUGUGGCAAUUCCCCAACAAUAACAAAGGAAUGCAUCAAGGAGGGAAGACUAGACUAUGCUACUUUUUGUGGAAGACAAAUUUUUGAACAGCUAGAUGCAAGUCAUAGAGUUUCGGUUCAGCAAUAUGCCACAAUACAUAAUGCAGGGAAUAAACACAUUUUGAUCGAUGUAAGACCCAAAGAGCAAUUCGAGAUCACGAGCUUGCCUGGCUCGAUUAACAUAGCAUGGGAACCAGAGUUUAGAAAGCUAGAUUCAAUAGAAAAGUACUUGCCGCCCAACACGAACAAAUGUGAUCCAAUAUAUGUCAUUUGCAGAUUCGGUAACGAUUCACAACUAGCCGCGGCAAAACUUUUACGUAUGGGAUACGAACAAACCAAAGAUAUAAUUGGCGGUUUAAACAAGUGGACAGACGAUAUCGACCAGAGCAUUCCUAAAUAUUGA